CCGUUGUUAGUUUAGUUUAACCAUCGCAGCGCUUGAGUCGCGAUUAGUAGUUGCUCAAGUGUACCCAGUUGCCAGGAUCGUCGCUCUGCCUUAUUUUUUUUUAAUCAGACCGAGUCCAAAAUGAAGUUAUUUUUAUGUGCCAUUGCUGUGACCCUGUGUGUGGCGACAACCGUGUCCGCCGCCAACUUCGAGUGCCCGAAGCCCAAUGGCCAGUUCGCCGAUGAGGUGCAGUGCGAUAAGUUCUACGUCUGCGACGAUGGAGUGGCCAAGGCGAAGCUCUGUCCCGAUGGCCUCGUCUUCGAUCCCCUCAACCGCAAGUUCAACAAGUGCGACCAGCCCUUCAAUGUAGACUGCGAGGACCGCACGGAGCUCCAGGAGCCCAAGUCCAGCAAGUACUGCCCGCGCAAGAACGGCUUCUUCGCGCAUCCCGAUCCCGCCGUGUGCAACAUCUUCUACAACUGCAUCGAGGGCGACGCCCUGGAGACCAAGUGCACCGUGGGCCUCCACUUUGACGAAUACUCGGGCACCUGCGUGUGGCCGGAUACCGCGAAGCGUGAGGGCUGCAACCCGGAGCAGAGAACCUCCGAGACUGGAUUCGUGUGCCCCAAGGAUCAGCCGAAGACCGAUGACCGCGGCCAGGUGGUGACCCAUCCCAAGUACCCACAUCCCACCGACUGCCAGAAGUUCUACGUGUGCCUGAAUGGCGAGGAUCCCAGGGAUCUGGGCUGCCAGCUGGGCGAGGUCUACAACGAUGCCACCGAGAUGUGCGAUGCUCCCGAGAAUGUGCCCGGCUGCGAGGACUGGUACAAGGAUGUGGACGACAAAAAGGACUAAGCCACAAUGCGGUCGGCCCUCCUCAUCACAUCCACACUCACACUCAUGCACACACAAGCACACUGAGAGAAAAUCAAUCAAAUCAAAUCAAAUCCAAUCGAAACAAAACAAAACAAAACAACACACAGAUUCGCGUCUUAGUCACUUAAAUUUAGUAGUUCUAGCCCAUUUCCUAUAGAGCGUAAAGCGUAUGUGUAGCAGUUAAACUUCAAUAUUCGGACUAUCUAUUUCUGAACUAUAUUUCCCUUUUCUCUGACUUUUCUAUGUCUACCUACUUCUUAAUACUUUUCUAACUAUCCAAUCUCCACAUCCGUUCAUUUCUGUGCCCAACCGAACGCUGCCAAAUUGUUGUGUAUAUAUUUCACGCUUUCAGACUUUCGCCUUAUUAUUAUACAAAAAGAAUAAACUGAAUUUUUUAUAAACUACUCCUGCCAAAAUGAUCUAUCUUCCCACUCUACUUCUAUCCUGUAUACUGUUUCAGCUAUCCUAUGUGAUCUUCGCCUAAUAUAUCCAUUUCUCUCUGGCUUCUCAGUCUUUUCUACAAUCUUUUGAUAUUUCUUAACCUUUCUUGUCUAUAAGAAAACCCUCUUGACAAUCUUCUGUCCUCCUUUAAGUUUCAAAACUAAAUCUUUUCUAUCCUCUUCCUCUUUGUUCUUACUUUAAAAUUUUCAAAUUCUAUUUUUAUUGCUAGAGUUUAUUAUCUCUAAAAUUACCUUUAUAAGCAUUCGGAACCUAUAAUGCGUAUUCAUUUCAGUUUUCUAAAUCUCUCCUAUAAUCUUUUCUGUCUUCUUAUACAUACUUUCCUGUACUUUGGUUAUACCUACAUUUAAAUACUCUUUUAUACUAUGCUAUUUUAUAGUUCCUUUAUGAGGAGCGCCAGGCUAUUUAUUAAUAAACAUCUUGACUUGCCUCCAAUAACCCAAACGAUACGAAAUUCGAAUCUGUACUUGUGAUUUUCGCCUAUUUUAUUUAAGUCAUCAUUCAUCCGACUGUAAACAUUCUCCGCUUUUUCUCGAAUUAAAAAACCAUUUCGAAUCUAUA